CGCUGCCUGCAGAGCUGGGAUGGGAAGAGCCGCUCCUCGCAGGCAGUAGAGAGAGAGCCCCGGGUGCUCUGUGCGAGGAGCUGCAGGCGGCCCCCUCCGCGCUUUGCGCGUUUGUUAAUGGACUUGACCCCCUGCCCCUGCUCCAGGAGGUGGCAUUAACUGCCCGCUACUGCUCUGACAGCUGGACUCCAGAUACCAACAUGACUGAACGUUUUGACUGCCACUACUGCAAAGAAACCCUGUUUGGUAAGAAGUACAUCCUGAAGGAGGACAGUCCCUACUGCGUGAAAUGCUAUGAGAGCCUUUAUUCUAACACCUGUGAUGAAUGCAAAAAACCUAUUGGAGCUGACUGCAAGGAUCUGUCUUACAAGGACCGCCACUGGCAUGAAACUUGCUUCCACUGCUUCCAGUGCAAGAACUCAUUGGUGGACAAACCUUUUGCUGCAAAAGAGGAACAUCUACUUUGUACUGAUUGCUACUCCAAUGAAUACUCUUCCAAAUGUAAUGAGUGCAAGAAGACUAUUAUGCCAGGUACUCGGAAGAUGGAAUACAAGGGCAACAGCUGGCACGAGACCUGCUUUAUCUGCUACCGCUGCCAACAGCCUAUUGGGACCAAGAGCUUCAUCCCUAAGGACAACCAAAACUUUUGUGUACCCUGCUACGAAAAGCAGUUUGCCAUGCAGUGCGUCCAGUGCAAGAAGGCUAUUACUACAGGAGGUGUUACUUACCGGGAGCAGCCGUGGCAUAAGGAGUGCUUUGUUUGUACUGGAUGCAAGAAGCAGCUCUCUGGACAACGCUUUACCUCCAGGGAUGAGUUUGCCUAUUGCCUGAGCUGCUUCUGCAACCUCUACGCCAAGAAGUGUGCUGGAUGCACAAACCCCAUCAGUGGACUUGGAGGAACUAAGUACAUCUCCUUUGAAGAACGGCAGUGGCAUAAUGAUUGCUUUAACUGCAAGAAGUGCUCCCUCUCAUUAGUGGGUCGUGGCUUCCUCACAGAAAGGGAUGAUAUCCUUUGCCCUGAGUGUGGGAAGGAUAUUUGAAGAUAAUAAGAGAUGAGAAGAGGGGAGGAAAGCUCUGCUUGCAAUAUAGUCUGAAUACGUGGCUGUUCAGAACUAGCUUUGCCACUCUGUGUUUCGCUGUACUAUUAGGAUCACAUAACCUUUUUCUUCAAACUCUCCAAAUCUGAAGAGGGAAACUGCUUCAAAAUCUCUAGUAGCACUGUUGAUGUUUAAGAUUUCUACACCUACCCAAAGCUAAUGCAAAGCCUGAGAUGUAAAACCAUUUGAGUGUUACUGACAUAACACACUGUGCUUGGGUUUCUUUUUGUCCUUCCAUUAGAAUAUUCAAGUUACAAGCAAGUGAUAUAGCUCAAGGAUUACAAUGGCCAUGCACAAUACAUUCAUAGAUGGAUAUUCAGGGUGAAACCUUCAGCCCACUGACAUCAAUGGCAAACAUCAUUCAGUUUCAAUAAGGCUGUGGUCUCGCCUCAGUGUUCUUGAGCUACGUGACUAUGUGUGCUGUCAAGUGUGGUAGAGGGUGUUUCAGUGUACAAGGAUUUGUGCUAUGCCAUGAAGAGAUAAUGAUAAAAGAGUUGAAGUAGGAAUGCUUCACAAGAGGUUCAUGUUUUAUUGCACGACUCAUUGUGUGAAGUACAAGUUCUGAUUGACAGUGUCAGUAUUACACUUAGCCGACGUUACACUACACAUUGUAUUUUUCAAAAUAAAAACAUUU